UUGUCUGCUAUCAUUGCCACGGCGGCCGUCGACCAGGUAGAAGCGAGAGGACGUGUUAGUCGAGCCUGCCGCCUUUUUGACACAUUUAUAUUGUUAAAGAUUCUCAAGCUGCCAGGAAUACCAACGUAGGAUUUUAAACAUGAGGAUUCGAGGGUUGGUCUUGGGAAUCGUAUUGUCACUGAAGGCAGCAGGUAGCAGUGACGCCCCAGCAGUACUGACGGAGGAUGGCUGGGUCACAGGUGUUCGCCAGAGGUCGGCCAGCAGCAGGGCCCUGUAUGCUUACCAAGGCAUUCCCUUCGCUAAGCCUCCUGUUGGUGACCUCAGAUUUAAGGACCCGGUACCCUCCGAGCCGUGGGAGGGCGUGAGGGAUGGCACAAAGCUGCCUGAGCCAUGUCUUCAGGUGUCCUUCUUUAUGUUCACCUCUGGAGUCCGAGUCCCACCUGAGAAACUUCUUGGUGUCGAGGACUGUCUCUACCUCAACGUCUACACGCCCGUGGAUAAUGGGCCAAAGGCGGACCUUCCAGUGAUGGUGUGGAUCCAUGGUGGGGCCUACUUCUCUGGCAGCACCAAAGAGUACCUGCCGCUGGUGAUUCUUGACCAUGACGUCGUGUUAGUGGUGAUUCAGUACAGGUUGGGGGUCUUGGGUUUCCUGUCGACGGAGGACUCGGUGAUCCCUGGCAACUUCGGGUUGAAGGACCAGACGCUGGCCCUCAAGUGGGUGCAGCGGAACAUAAACAACUUUGGUGGAGACAAGACCAAGGUCACCAUCUUCGGCGAGAGCGCUGGUGGAGCCUCUGUGCACUUUCACAUGCUGUCACCCAAGUCUAAAGGACUUUUCUCUCGGGUCAUCAUGCAGUCGGGUACAGCUAUCUCGAAUUGGGCAAUAUAUGAAAAAUUCCGGGAGUUGGCGGAGGAGGUGGGUGUGACCAUGAAAUGCCCCGCCCAUCAGGGUAGCCAAGCCCUUCUUUCCUGUCUGCAGAAGGUGGACGCCCGUCAGCUGGCUUCAUUGUUCCCGGAUUUUAUGAUUUGGUGGAUCUUGCCAGUUGUUUUCACACCUCGAGUCGAUGGGGAUUACCUUCCUGAUGAGCCGGCCAAGUUGAUACUUGAGGGGCGCUACAACAAGGUCGACCUCCUGGCUGGGCACACCUCUGAGGACGGAGCCUUGUGUAGCAUGGCAUUAUGGUCCUUUAGUCACCUGCGUAUCGCCUUGGAGGAGAACUUUACAUUGUAUGGACCAGAAAUCAUAUCAAUGACGGUGCAGGACAAAGAAGACAAGGUGGAGGUCAGCAGGCAGCUCUACCAACACUACCUGGGUGACGACAUGCCACUGGACGAGGAUCAUGCCGAAGAUCUCACACAGCUCUUCACGGACAUAUUCUUCGCGGUGCCUCAUGACCUGGUAACGCAGCAACACGCCAGGCACGGGCUCACCACCUACCGCUAUGUGUUUGGUUACCGAGGGGAGGUGUCCUUCAGUGACAACUUUGACAGCGAAGUCGGAAAACAUUGGGUUCCUCACGUGGAUGACUUGUAUUACAUCUUCUCUGGAGGCCCUUUACUUAAACCACACAAUCGGGCACGACAGCUGACUUCAACCCAAGACUUGAAGAUGAGGAGCAUUAUGUCAAAAAUGUGGACCAACUUCGCCGCCACAGGGAACCCAACUCCUGACGGGUCCCUUGGGUUCACCUGGGAACCUGCCACCGAGGACAACCUCCAUUAUGCCUCCCUGGUACUGCCACCUGUUAUGAAGCCCGACCGUCGUCAGAAGGUGAGGGAGUUCCACGCCUCUCUGCCCACUAAGCUCAACGCCCUCCUCAACGCUGAGGUGGUGGAUGGUGACGAGGCGAGACAAACGCCACAAAGGGAAGAGAAGAGUCACUCGGCGCAGGAUGAACUCUGAAUGCUUUAAGAAUAUUUGUUUACCUUUAGUGUGGAUGUGAGGACUCAAAACAACACACACACACACACACACACACACACACACACACACACAAGUAUUUGAAUGGGCUGCACAAAUUUUGUUCUGGUUAAGAGUUCAUGUAAAGCCAAUAUUAUAUUUCUAAUAGUUAUAAACACUAUUGAAAUUUGUACUGUAUAAAAUAUUGGGUUUCUUAGGUCUAAAUUAGUUUUUUUUAUAUUACCUGUAUGUGUUGGGAAAUGAGAGCCAGGUGUAAGAGGGCCAGGUGUAAGAGGGCCAGGUGUAAGAGGGCCAGGUAUAAGAGGGCCAGGUGUAAGAGGGCCAGGUGUAAGAGGGCCAGGUGUAAGAGGGCCAGGUGUAAGAGGGCCAGGUAUAUGAGGAGGCCGGGUAUAUGAGAAGGCCGGGUAUAGAGAAGGCCGGGUAUAUGAGAAGGCCGGGUAUAUGAGAAGGCCGGGUAUAUGAGAAGGCCGGGUAUAUGAGAAGGCCGGGUAUAUGAGAAGGCCGGGUAUAUGAGAAGGCCGGGUAUAUGAGAAGGCCGGGUAGACGUAAGAUGAAAUAAAGACAAGAAAUAAUUAUUA